UCUUUAUUUACUUCCUUUUAACCAUAUGAUGCGUGUUUGUGUAGAAUAUAACAAAAUGACAUGUACAUGAAUUAUAAUCCAAUUGAAAAAAGGUUUAUAUAAAAUAUCAACAUUAACAUUGAGUCCCAAUAACCAAUCAAUAUAAAGGUAAAAAGUAAAAUAAAAAAAAAAUAAAAAAAUAAAAAAAAAAUACCGUUACUCAUUGACAUUUUUCUGAAAUUAUUUCGCAAUUCAAAGUUAGUUUCGACUACUAACGUUGUUAUCGAUCUAUUUAAAGAUUUGGACUUUUCAAGUUUAUUUAUAAUCUUUCGCUUUUCAGGAAAAUUUAAUAACAAUAUGGUUUUUCCGUGUUUAUUUAUAGUAAUUUGAUUCUCGGGUCAAUCACAUGUUGAUAAUUAUAGUGAUACAAACUUAUCGUACAACACAGUGUUAUAUAUGUUACGAACUGGAACUAUACAAUUUAUUCUAGAUUUUAUUUAUUAAGUGUUGUUUGUGCAACUUGACAUUAGUCUGUGGAAAAUUAAACCAAUAAACGUACAAGGUAAAAGGAGAUAAAAUGGGAAACAAGAUGAGUAAGCGAAUCAACGAUUCAGUAGAGGAAAAUGAUAUUUCCCUCGGCCAUACGUUUGUUUGGGAAACACCAGGUAAAUAUAUUCAACCUUCCAUGGAGAAUCAUAGUUACAAAAUCUUAGAAGACAGACAGUUUGAGUGGUUGAAAUUUGGAAGUGAUCAUAUUCUGAGUGGAAAAGCUUCUAAGAAAAGUGAUUGGAACUGUGGAUGCAUAGAACAGAAGGAUGUCUCCGUUAGCCUCUUGCAAAUGAAGUACUUGGAUGGAACGAAUAUGAACGACAUACAGUCUUAUCCCGAACGCAGAGUUGGAUACAUAACAGGAUUACUUCCACAGAACCAUCAGGCUGCUGAUGAUUCUAAGAAAAGUAUUCAUAAUACGCAACAGCUAACCAAUGUACUAGAUGCAGAAGAGAUAUUUAAUCUAGUAAAGCGGGGUAAAACACGAAAGAUACCUGACCUGGAGAACGACAAGGGUAAUCCAAUGAAAACAUCAUGCAAUACCGCAGGAUAUGUUAGAGGAUCUAGCGAGACACCCAACAAUAAUGAGACGGAAGGAGAUAUUAAGAUGUCAUGUGCGAUGGCCUUCAGAAAGAAAUUUUAAAUAUCAAUAAAUGUUUUAGUAUUUUUUAAA